AUGUCUCGGGGUGGCUACUGCCCACACCUGUUGUGGGACGUAAGGAAAAGGUCCCUCGGUCUGGAGGACCCGUCCCGGCUGCGGAGCCGCUACCUGGGAAGAAGAGAAUUUAUCCAAAGAUUGAAACUUGAAGCAACCCUGAAUGUGCAUGAUGGCUGUGUUAAUACAAUCUGUUGGAAUGACACUGGAGAAUAUAUUCUAUCUGGUUCAGAUGACACUAAAUUAGUAAUUAGUAAUCCCUACAGCAGAAAGGUUUUGACAACAAUUCGUUCAGGACACCGAGCAAAUAUAUUUAGUGCAAAGUUCUUACCUUGCACUAAUGAUAAGCAAAUUGUAUCCUGCUCUGGAGAUGGGGUAAUAUUUUAUACCAAUGUUGAGCAAGAUGCAGAAACCAAUAGGCAAUGCCAAUUUACGUGCCAUUAUGGAACUACCUAUGAGAUUAUGACUGUACCAAAUGAUCCUUAUACUUUUCUCUCCUGUGGUGAAGAUGGAACUGUUAGAUGGUUUGAUACUCGCAUCAAAACUAGCUGCACAAAAGAAGAUUGCAAAGAUGAUAUUUUAAUUAACUGUCGACGUGCUGCCACAUCUGUAGCUAUUUGUCCACCAAUACCAUAUUAUCUUGCUGUUGGGUGCUCUGAUAGCUCAGUAAGAAUAUAUGAUCGACGAAUGCUGGGCACAAGAGCUACUGGAAAUUAUGCAGGUCGAGGGACUACCGGAAUGGUUGCCCGUUUUAUCCCCUCACACCUUCACAACAAGUCCUGCAGGGUGACAUCUCUUUGUUACAGUGAAGAUGGUCAGGAAAUUCUUGUUAGUUACUCUUCAGAUUACAUUUAUCUGUUUGACCCAAAAGAUGAUACAGCUCGUGAACUUAAAACUCCUUCUGCCGAAGAGAGAAGAGAAGAGUUACGACAGCCUCCAGUUAAACGUUUGCGACUUCGUGGUGAUUGGUCAGAUACUGGACCAAGAGCAAGACCUGAGAGUGAACGAGAACGAGAUGGAGAGCAAAGCCCCAAUGUGUCAUUGAUGCAGAGGAUGUCUGACAUGUUAUCACGAUGGUUUGAGGAAGCAAGUGAAGUUGCGCAAAGCAAUAGAGGACGAGGAAGAUCUCGCUCAAGAGGUGGAACUAGUCAGUCAGAUGUGUCCACACUUCCCACCAUCCCAUCAAGUACUGAUUUGGAAGUAGGUGAAACUGCAAUGGAAGUGGAUACUCCAGCUGAAGAGUUUCUUCAACCUUCUACAUCCUCUGCAAUGUCAGCUCAGGCACAUUCAGCAUUAUCUUCUGCAGAAAGCCCUCAUACUACGUCUUUGCUGUCUUCUUCAGACAGUGAGCAAAGGCAAUCUGUUGAGACUUCAGGACAUAAUACACAUCAUCAAUCUGAAUUCUUAAGGGGGCCUGAGAUAGCUUUGCUUCGUAAGCGCCUGCAACAACUGAGGCUUAAGAAGGCUGAGCAACAGAGGCAGCAAGAGCUAGCUGCAAGUACCCAGCAACAGCCUUCCACUUCCGAUCAGUCUUCUCGUGAGGGCUCUUCACAGGACCCUCAUGUUUCAGAUUCUCCUUCUUCUGUGGUUAACAAACAGCUCGGAUCCAUGUCACUUGAUGAGCAACAGGAUAACAGUAAUGAAAAGCUGAGCCCCAAACCAGGAACAGGUGAACCUGUUUUAAGUUUGCACUACAGCACAGAAGGGACAACUACAAGCACAAUAAAACUGAACUUUACAGAUGAAUGGAGUAGUACAGCCUCAAGUUCUAGAGGAAAUGGAAGCCAUUGCAAAUCUGAAGGCCAGGAGGAACCCUUGAUCUCACAAAGCUCAGUGCAGCCGCCUAAAGGAGAUAGUGAAACAAAAGCUCCUGAAGCAUCAUCUGAAGAUGAUGUGGCAAAAUAUCAGGAAGCUAGAUCUGCAGAAAACACACUUGACAACCCUGUAGACAUAGCACAAUCAGAUAAGUUUACAUCUGAACCAUUGGAUUCCAGCUCAGGAGAAAGGAGUGAACUCAAUCUUGAUAGCCCUUGUGGGGUUCCAGAAGAAUCUACUUCAUCUGAAAAAGGCAAAGAACCAGAACCUUCAGAUCAUCUUAGCCCUGAGAGUACUGCCCAUCAGACUACCACCAAUCCUGAGCCUCAGUUCCACACCGAAGCCAUCGGGCCUUUAGUUCACGAAGAAGCAUCAGCCAGAGAUUCAGCUCUCCAGGACACAGAUGACAGUGAUGAUGAUCCAGUCCUGAUCCCAGGUGCAAGGUACCGAGCAGGACCUGGUGAUAGAUUUCCUAUCAGAGGAACAACAAUAGGUGAUAGAAUAAUGAGACGCUCUGCUGUUGCCCGCAUUCAGGAGUUUUUCAGGCGGAGAAAAGAAAGGAAAGAAAUGGAAGAGUUGGACACUUUGAGCAUUAGAAGGCCACUGGUAAAGGUGGUGUAUAAAGGUCAUCGCAACUCCAGGACAAUGAUAAAAGAAGCCAAUUUCUGGGGUACUAACUUUGUAAUGAGUGGCUCUGACUGUGGCCAUAUCUUCAUCUGGGAUCGGCACACUGCUGAGCACUUGAUGCUCUUGGAAGCAGAUAAUCAUGUGGUAAACUGCCUGCAGCCACAUCCAUUUGACCCAAUUUUAGCCUCAUCUGGCAUAGAUUAUGACAUAAAGAUCUGGUCACCACUGGAAGAGUCAAGGAUUUUUAACCGGAAACUUGCUGAUGAAGUUAUAACUCGAAAUGAGCUCAUGCUUGAAGAGACUAGAAACACCAUUACAGUUCCAGCCUCUUUCAUGUUGAGAAUGUUGGCUUCACUGAAUCAUAUCCGAGCUGACCGGCUGGAGGGUGACAGAUCAGAAGGCUCUGGCCAAGAAAAUGAAAAUGAAGAUGAAUAA